AUGUCGUCCCUACACCGCGAGCUUCUAACGAAAAAGAAAUUCAAUCCGUUCAUGAUUGCUGAUAUGGUUGCUACAGAAAGAAUGGAGAAAAGGAAAGCGAUGGAGAUCACCGGCGAACCCCCCAUUACCAUCGGGCAGCUACAGCACUUAUUUCGUGAUAUUGUCAAAGAUGCUCUCCCAGAAAAGCCGCACAUCCUGAAGAUUCCCGAUGCCGCGAAAAAAGAAUGGGAGGAGAAAGAUCAAGACGAACUCCCUAAAAUACCCUGGAAUCUACGAGUACUUUCCGAGCAUGUAGAGGCUCGCAAGCUUCAAUAUAUGACUGUCUUCUCUUCAGGAGACCGCGACCUUCAGGUUCCACAAAGCUUUGAUCAUGAAGAUCACACGCAUGCAGCUCGAAACACUGUCGACACUCCUCGGAGAGACCCGAACAAAACAAUGUCGUGGGCGGACUAUAACAAAAUGAAGAAGGAAGGAAUUAAGCCUGCUCUUAGAACUUCUGCAGCUCCGGAUUUGGCUCCUCCGAAAGGGCAUACAAGAACCACAAGCAGUACUUCCAAUGCGACUCCAAUAGCUCGUGGAUCUUCCUUCGAGGGUGCUGCCAAGGGUGAAAUUCAAAAGAAUGGAACUGCGGUUCACUCUGCGAGCAAGGCAGAACAAGUAGUCAAGAACGGUAUUGAUAGAAAUUCCAACCCGCUCCGAAGCAACCCUACCAAACCACAACAUCUCACCAAUGGCACCAAUGGCAUCAAAAUCCGCACGGAACAAACAAAGGACGUUUUGAGGCCCAGAGAAAUUAAUACGCCACAAGUCAAAUCAUCCACAAAACCGAGCUCUUCGAUCCCUACCUGGGAUGCCCCUUUGAAGCACAGCUUACCUCCUCGCCCGCAAUCCCCACGAAGAGUGGUUGCGGAUAAUAGAAAUCAUAAGCGACCACUCGAAGCUGAAGAACCAUCUCACGCAGAGAAGCGUGCUAGAACUGAUCGGGCGAAUUCACACCUUCAAAAAAUCGUCAAACCAGAAAAUAUUUCGUCCAAGGCAAAAGCCCCUCCUUCCAAUUUGAGCAAGUCAGAUGACCACGCAUCAAAAUUCUCCAAAGGAACAGGCGAGAUAAAAUCAAAUAAAUUGACCGGAAAACCGGUCAAUAAUUUACCACCAUUACUCUCACCACUUCCUGCCGACUUAACCACCCCCACCACUUUUGAUGGCCCCAAGAAAGCCGAUCAAAAGGCGUCAUCGUCGAGCACUCCAUCGAAGUUCAAACCUUCUCUCAGCGGGAAGAAACUUCCACUAAAAGAGUCGUCAUUGCCACAGGGACUUUCGCCAAACACACCUCCAACAUCGGUGUCACCCUUCCAACUUCCACCUUUACUCUCACCAACACUCCCUGACAUUGUCGAGGCAGCAUUGGCGGAACACAAGGAGAAAUCUGACAAGCAAAAAGAAAGUGACAAGCCUAUAUCUGCGCCUGAACAUCGUCAGGAGAAAUCAGGUUUGUUGACAGUCGAAGAGCGUCACACACAAGCCCGUAAACCAGAUGCACCUGGUGUUGCUCGCAAAACUACUACCGGCGCCAAAAUUGGUCAUCCUCCUAAAAGAUCUGCUUCCAGUACACCCUUACAAAAGGAUCGCGAAGUUUCAAAGGCUCCAGUUUCGAGUCAAUCACUUAUUGUCAAGUUGCCUUACAGCAAGAAGAACGCUACAACUAUUGAGCGCCUUCUCAGAUUAUCACCACGACCUUCACCAGAAUUUCUGAAACUUGACGCUAUCAGAAAGAAGGAUGGCAAUGAGGUUAUGAUGGCCCUUGGUUCCUCUAAGAAAGUUCCCGUUGUUUCUACCAAGACGGCUUUGAAUGAUUCGGGUUUGGAUUCUGAAGAGGACAUACCUUUAUCAUCUCAAAGCAAAAAGACCGUCUCUAAGAAACGCCCUAGCGAUGUUCUUCCUUUGAAAUCCGAACCUCCAUCAAAACGCGCAAAAGGUCCUGACAGUCUUGACGUUACGACUUCUCGAAAGACCGUCCCGAGUCCAUUGAAAACUCCCAUGCGUCCUGGAACAUCUCAGAAAAGCUUACUUGCCACCCCCAAGAAGAGUGAGGGUUCCAGGGCUGCUAUGGUCAGGGUCACUUCUAGCGAUGGCAAUCCUCAAACUCCUCAGGGUGCCAAUAUUACUGCAACAACUCCCCAAAGUGUUUCGGCAAACAAAUCUGAGCUGAUCAGGGAAUUCGCUCGCAAGCUCAAGAAAAAAGGCGAACGUAUGACAAGGGUAGGAGGCGAUCAACACCAACUUAAGCCUGUUACUGAACGGUCAGCUGGGGUCAUGGUUGUGUUUGAAUGCAUUUGCCUGUACAUGAGGUAUUUCAAGGGGCUCCCUUGCGCUAGUCCUAAGGAAACUAGCUAUAACCAAAAGGGCAUGAACGCCAACAAUUGGGAGGGAAUUCUUCCGAUGUUGAAUUGGCUUGGAGGUAUCAGUAAAGAUAUUCCUGUUCUCCAGGCAUUGUUUGCUCAUCUCAAUGCCGUUUGCCAAGAAGAAUGCACCCGUGCUUUUUUUAGUAUGCGUCCUUCACCAGGCAAUGCUGAAGAUGACCGCGCAAAAGACAACCGAAAUUGGUCCAAGCAGCAGGCAUGCGAUUCAAGAAGACAUGAAGCCUGGCGGCACAGCAAUUUUGUUGGAUACAAACUCUUGAGAAACUUUUCCUUGAAGGGUGAGCCUACCGUCGUUGGACCUUGGACAAGCGUUGGUAGCAUUACAACCUAUUGCAUGGAAGUUUGUACAGCAUUCAACAAGAAGGAGAAACUGGGCUGGGAAAAGGAUGUUGACUUUUAG